GGGGAGGGGGGGAGGGGGGGUAAUGGUAAUGUCCUAUGUAUUCACAAACAUGUCCACAGCACGUGCGUAGAGUAAAGAUAUUGGAGAUAUUGGUGUUUCUUUUUAUGAACAGUACGCGACGAGCAUGGAAGAGAAGGAAAUGAAAGGCAAGGUAGGCUUGAUAACAUUUUACAUAUCAUGAGUUAAAGGGGGAGUAAUCAGAUGAGAUGGCUGGGUACCAUUGUUGAGGUUAUUCACAUACCAUGUACUAUGUAUCCACUUGGAAAGAGCAUCGACAAGAACCGAGCAUGUACAGUAGGCACAGUAUGGAUGGUAUGGAUGGUAUGGAUGAAUUGGUCGUACUUACCUUAACACCUUAACCCCUUAAAAGUGUGUUUAGCUUUGUAACCUCAGGAACACAACGGCGUUCUUGUUAUUUACUUUCUUACCUGCUCCCCAACCAUAACAUGCUUCUCCUUCUUCCCUUCCUAUCUUCCAUUCUGUCUCUUUUCCCCCUUUUUGUCUUGCUCUUUUCAUCUCGUAUGAUCACAACGCUGGUAGUAUCGAUUCACUUUUAUCGAAUAACUAGUGAAGUUCAUAUUUCCAAACCACGAGUGCUAUAAGCACCUACUGUCUCUUUUGAAAAAUGGCUUCACCAAGUAGUCGAAUAUGUUCCAGGAGUGCUCAUUCUCUGCCAGAAGAACACCAUACACCACAUCAAGCCCACAAACAUGGUGCUAAUAACUUCUACCUCCCUGGAAGCAAAGAUGUCUACAUCACAAAGACAAAGGAUGGAAAGCUAGCCUUGGCUCGCAAAAAGCAGCAAAGCGACUUUUUGAGCCUCAAAUCCUCGGGCAACAAUCUGAACAGAUUCAGUGAAAAUCACCAGGGUGCAACGCCGGGGAAAAGCGACCUGAGCUCCAUCUUGGGAAAAUCUAAUUCACCAACAAGUCCUACAAUUGUCCAGAUUUUGUCUUCGCCGCUACGGCCGCCUACCCUGGUGCCUAAUAAUGUACUACAAGUCAGUGUCAACCCAUCUACAGACCUCAGAGAACCCCCAGCUCCAAUCCUACAGUCGGGUAUGCCUCAAGUUUACAAGGUACUUGGCCCAAACUACACACACACAUCAGCCUUUAUCGUCCCUCCGCCGGCAUCAAUACCUCUGUUUACCCACCAGUACCAAGUUCCUGCUGUCUGCCGGGAAUCCAAAUCUCCUACGUACCCAAUGUAUAGGCCCAUAUCGGGUUUUCUUACCUCUCACACACCAUUGCGACCAGUUUUUAGUCAGUCACAGGGCGAUGGAAGCUUCCCCAACUUGAAAACCCCCUUUCAGUUCAGCCUUGACGAAGUAAAGCGAUGCGAGGAACAUUACAGUGCUAUAGUAAUGGCUAAGGAAACAACCACUGAGAGGAAAAACAAGGAAGACAAGAAAAAAAGGCAGACCAAGACAAGACAUGACGCGGGGGCUAAGAUCCAAUACAACCAUGUCUGUUUAGGCUGUGGAAAGGCAAGAUCUAAGGGAUAUGAAGAAGCACAUCCUUUGAAGAGAGGCCAAAUACCAGUGCAGGAUUAUUGCCGCAAAUGCUUACAUCGUGCAGACAUGACAGAGACUGACACGCAGACGGAUGCAAAUGAUUGCCAAACGGGUGGUGAAGUGAAAAAGUCGAGCCACCUGGGCAGCUCAUUCUCGACUAUGGUGUCUAGUCCAGCAACUGCGAAAGAUAGUGAUGAAACUUGUCGGCUACAAGCCUCCUUAAAGAAGUCGGAGGUCAGGGGCCCAACAGCUAGCCCGAGUCAGGAGGUAAAACAUGACAGGAGUAUACGCUUGCCAUCAUUUGUCAAAGAGCUUUCCAACCAAGUCAAUGGACUGGAUCCGAAACAUGAUGCCCUAGAAGCUGAUUAUGAGCUGGAGUCGCCGGCAGAGACUAUGCAUGCUUGUCGGCCGAAUAGCUGCAAACAGGAUAGCCAGGAGAACAACGCAAGGGGUCAGGUCAAUGCUACCAGCUCUAGAUGGCGUUCUAGAAUACCCCGUCCGGCCCCGUCUAAGCUCCCCCACAAUAUCGCGGCCGAGGUCUCUACUAGAGAUACAACUCCACAAAGUCAUAAGAGUAGGCCACAAUAUGGCACUCAUGAUCAGCAGACAUAUGGUUCGCGGGAAACCCCAACAAUUGAGCGAGCUGUCAGAGAUCGAAAGCUAGGACAGGUAGCGCGUUCAGAUCGUAGGCGAGUUCGACGACAUCGGGACAACGUUAUUCAUGACGAGAAUGCCGAACCAGAAGGAAUUGAAAGCCACAUGAAAAUGACAGAGUGGAACAUACAGAAUGAUGCUGACCCCGAUUUGGAUUGGGGUUUACGGCAAACGUCUACUGAUGGCACCUCCGUUCCGUUCAUUGGGGAUAAUGGCAUGGCGGGGGGCGAGAAAACAGCGGAAAGGAUUGAACAGGAAAUCAAGAAUAGGACCGAAGAGGAAUUGCUAUCGGCUAGCAAGCUGUUCAACGAGACGACGACACCUUGGGGCAAUCCGAGCACUACAACGUUUCCUACGCAAAGUUUUGCGACGCGCACUGAGGUCUCGAUAGAUUCGUACAGUUCCUACGAAGGGUUUCAAAGUACGAACCACGGUGCUGCAUACACACUGGCCGAGAGCUCGGGUACGAAUAAAAGCCCCCAGCAUAUGGAUAAGCCGGUUAAAAUGCUCGAUUUCUUUAGCAGGGGGAGUCAAAAGCAGAAGCCACUCGCACAUGGUCCCCAGAUGUUGUAUAACUCUCUAGGAAACCAAGUGGCUCAAAGAGACAGGACCCAGCCUACCCCUUCCACGCCGCAACACAAGAAUGGCAUAUAUAGUUUUUCUGGUAACGACUUGAGUAGUUCGUCGGACCUGAUGAGCCCAGAAGCAAGGCUCUCUACAGUUGCCCACUCAGGGCAUUCGAUGGAAUAUCUCUCGCCCGAUUUCAUGGAUGAUGCCAAGGCAAAUGUAGCUGGUAUACGCCGGCGUACCCGUCGACCUUCGCGGUCGUAAGGCGUUUUCGACUUGACUGACUGUUGCUCGACCAGCCAAAUACUCAUAACGUGGGAAAUUUCGGCAUAUCCUAUGACCAGCAAUAUAUACUACGGUAAUCACCGUGAUAAUUGUCGCGGUAUGAGCACCUACGAUGUGUCUUGGUUGACAUACUUCUCUAGCCGGUACCCAAUCACGAAGCCCUCUUAUGUUCCGGCCUUCUCACUUCUGCUACUUGGCAAUUGAUGUCUUGUCCCGUAGCCGGCAGGUUAGCUAAGGAAGACUUUGGAGAACCAGUCUUUUGCGCUGCUACGAGAUUACGAUGGUAUUAUGUGAAAAUGAUGAAUUAGAUGGUUUUAGGGGCCUGUUGAUUGCGGAAUUGAACAUGUACCUGGGUAGUACCUAGGUAGUACCUAGUAUGAGUAGCAUCGAGUUGCAUACCCUCAGAUAAAAGUGAAUAAAUAUGAUGGCAUAUGCCCAUGUUGAGACGGACUCUACAGAGAUAAUGUGAAG